ACUUAAUCACAAACCUUCAACAACACCUCACAUCCCACCAAAAGCCUCCUAUAUAUGUCCUUACUGGUUGCUCUUUUAGUACUUCACAGAUCACAUUCAAUACUGUCAAGCUUAAUUCAUCACCUUCAACACUCAAACUAAGCAGCAGAAAAAAGAAAAUGAAGAGGCUCUUUGUGGCAUUCCUGCUAAUCUUUGCUCUUCUCCUUAGCAAUUCCUUCAUUGAACCAACAAUGGGGGUCUCAGUGUAUUGCACCCGCGAAUGCAAGGCUAGGUGCGCUAAGGCUGGUGUGCGGGACCGAUGCUUGAGGUACUGCAAAAUAUGCUGUGGAAAAUGCAAGUGUGUUCCUUCAGGAACACAUGGAAACAAGCACCAGUGCCCUUGCUAUAGGGACAUGAAGAACUCCAAGGGGAAGGCCAAGUGUCCUUGACCUGUAGAUUCAGGAACAAAAUAAAGGUGCAUGAUUCAGGUUCAAGGUGUAAUUUUCACAGUAUAUGUCCAACACAUCGUUCUUGCUCAUGUUACCAGUGAUCGAGAUAGAUGUAUUUCUAAAUAAGAGAUCCAUUACGUGGGUCCUCUUCCUCUUACGUUACUCUAGUAUUUGAAUUUGGCUUAAAUUUGAUUCCACGAAGAUUGGCUUCUUUCUUUCGAGACAAUGAUAGUAGUAGUACAUACUUUCUUGUGUU